AAGGUUGACUGGUUUAUAGUGCAGGUGCGUGAUUCAGCCGCAGUUACUCGGUUGAAUUUAUUUGAAAAAUGCCCUCGUGUUUUUCAAAUAGUGCAGGCUGUACAACCAAAAGCACCUGUUAACCGAUCCCGCUUGUCUUUCUCUCCGUCCUCUCUUCCUACUCUACACUUCUUCUUCUAUCACCGUCUCUUUUGCGAUAAAUACAAUUCAAAGCAGCACACCUGAUCGUUGUUUUGCAUUUGGAACAUCGGCCGUUUAUGGAAGCACUAUCCCGCGCGAUCACAGCUCCCAAGCUCCCGCUGCCUCGGAGAACCUCUAAUGGAUCUUGUUUUCCGCUUGCACGGAGAUCGUUGGGGCCGAGUUCAAGUAGAGUCGCUAAGAGAGGCCGCGUUUUCGCUUGCCAGGGACAGAAUCCGGAGAUCCAUUUCAGCGAUCCAGACUGGAAGUCUAAGUACCAGCAAGAAUUCGAGAGGCGCUUCAGCAUUCCUCACAUCACCGAUGUUUUCGAGGAUGCUGAGCCCAUUCGCUCCACGUUUUGUCUCAAGAUGAGGACUCCAGUAUCUGAGGAAUUUGCAGGUGGUUAUCCGUCUGAUGAGGAGUGGCACGGAUACAUCAACAACAAUGAUAGGGUACUCCUUAAGGUGAUUAACUUCUCGUCACCUACAUCUGCUGGUGCUGAGUGCAUUGAUCCCAAUUGUACUUGGGUUGAGCAAUGGGUGCACCGAGCUGGUCCUAGGGAGAAAAUUUACUUCAAACCAGAAGAAGUAAAAGCAGCAAUUGUUACUUGUGGUGGGUUGUGCCCUGGUCUGAAUGAUGUCAUUAGGCAUAUUGUCAUUACACUUGAAAUUUACGGUGUGAGAAAGAUAGUUGGGAUUCCUUUCGGUUAUCGUGGAUUUUCUGACAGAAGCUUAACUGAAAUGCAGCUAUCAAGGAAAGUAGUCCAAAAUAUUCAUCUGUCCGGGGGAAGCCUCUUAGGAGUUUCACGUGGAGGACCAGAAGUUAGUGAAAUUGUGGACAAUAUGGAGGAAAGAGGAAUCAACAUGCUUUUUGUGUUGGGUGGAAAUGGUACACAUGCUGGGGCCAAUGCGAUACACAAUGAGUGCCGUAAGAGAAAACUUAGAGUGGCUGUAGUUGGUGUACCAAAGACUAUAGACAACGAUAUUUUACUGAUGGAUAAAACUUUUGGUUUUGACACUGCUGUUGAAGAAGCACAACGAGCAAUAAAUUCUGCAUACAUUGAGGCACAUAGCGCUUAUCAUGGUGUUGGGAUUGUUAAAUUGAUGGGUCGUUACAGUGGGUUUAUAGCCAUGCAUGCAGCCUUAGCUAGUGGACAAGUUGACAUAUGUUUGAUCCCAGAGGUACCCUUCAAUCUGCAUGGGCCUCAUGGUGUUUUGAGGCAUUUGAAGUACCUCAUAGAGACAAAGGGGUCAGCUGUCGUAUGCGUAGCUGAGGGAGCUGGGCAGAAUUACAUUGAGAGAACUAAUGCUAAAGAUGCAUCUGGAAACAAUGUACUUGGUGACUUCGGUGUGUACAUUCAACAGGAGACAAAGAAAUAUUUCAAGGAGAUUGAGGUUCCGGUUGAUGUAAAGUAUAUUGAUCCCACAUACAUGAUCCGUGCAAUCCGUGCAAAUGCAUCAGAUGGAAUUUUAUGCACUGUUCUGGGGCAAAAUGCUGUUCAUGGUGCGUUUGCUGGAUAUAGUGGCAUUACUGUUGGCAUUUGCAAUACCCACUAUGUGUAUUUUCCCAUUCCAGAAGUUAUUUCUCAUCCCCGGGCUGUAGAUCCGAACAGCCGAAUGUGGCAUCGGUGCUUGACUUCUACAGGCCAGCCUGAUUUUGUCUGAUUUUGAAGUGCUUCUAAUUUCAUAAAAAGCGUUGGGAACCAAGUUCCCAAAUAAUUUGUUGGACAAAAUGCCAACUUUUGAUAGAUUUUUGGUUUGGCUGCUUAUUGUAGGCCGUAUGAAAUUAUACACAAGAUGAUCUUUCGUGAUUUAGUGUAUAGAAUUUCAUUAUGCUCCAGUCAUCAGCGUAAGAAGGUGAAUGAAUAAUAGAUUUCAGAAGAAUCACGAAUCAGUUCGUGCUUGAUUUCUGAUUUGUUGCAUAACAUUUUUUCUAGCAAUUUUAUUUCCUGUCAAUAAUAAAGAACUCAAAGGAGGCAUAUUUUGGCAUCAA